CAUAGCUAGGGUUAGCAGUGGGGAUGGCGUCUGGAUCUGAGCCCAUGCCUGUGGAUGGGCCGAUUUUCAGCCUUGAAAGGCAAAUAGAGGGAGUCGAGAAGCAAAUAUGUGAGGCUGAGGAGCAGCUGAAGGCAACAAAUGAUGCUGAGGAGGAGCGGUACUGGCGGAAAAGGGAGAACCACCUGAGGCAAAAGGAGAACCAGCUGAGGCGAAAGGAGAACCAGCUGAGGGAAGAAAAACUUAUCUUACUCAAGGCGCCUUCAGCUCCUACCACUGAUUCUGAUGUGCAAGGUAUCUUGGACCAUGUAUGGAACCAGAUACAUAGAGCAGAUCGAGAACUUCUUGAGCCAAGCGAUUUGAAGGCCAGCUAUCCAGACGUUUGCAAAGGGACGGUUCCUCAAGCUCCUGGCAGUCGUAAACCUUGCCUUCUCUGGCAUUGCCUCGAGGAGGCUUUUCCGGCCUCCAAAUACAUUCUGGAUCAAGUGGAUAUAGCCCGUCCUGGCCUGGUGGUCCUUUUCGAUGUUUCUGGCUCUGGAAAGACUCGAACACUAUAUGAGAUUGCAGUCGACCGUUUGGCUCUGUAUUUUGUUGGUGUUCCUAUGGGACGGAUUGGAUCGGAGGGCUCUGCAGACUUGGAUGCGCUGGUUAGUCGGCUAAUGGUUCUGUAUCCAGGAAACCAGUCAAUUCCGAUGCGCGUGACGCGGUGCUGCUUCAAAGCUGUUCUUCUCAGCAGAUUCUUCAUCUUAGACAAGUUGAAGGAGGUAGCAGGAAGCAUGCCACCUCAGGUUUGGGCCAAGUACUGGUUGUUUAAGCAGGUUGGAUUUGCGUUACUACCCUUCAAGAAUGACCCGUUCUACGUCCUAAGUGAUAGACUACUCGAGUUAGUAUCCAGUGACUGUGGGAUCGAAGGGGUAUUUGAUCGUUUGAUCGAGACACACAAGAGGGACUGGAGUGGGCCGAUUAUACUCGACGAAUGCCAGGUGGUGCAGGACACCUUGGUGAAUAGGUUUGAUUCACCUACAGCUGGGUCAAGAACAAGAUCUCUAUUGGAUGUGUUUGUGCCGGUGUUGGUCGAUGCUGGGUUUCGCACAAGCACGUUCUACUAUUCUGGUACAGGAGGAAAUAUGGUUUCUGUUGCACACAAUAUUUCUGCUACACUCAAACAGAGACUUUCAGUUGCAAUGUUCUGUCACUUUGGAGGAUUUUAUGAGGAGGCCGACCUGAAGGAUUAUGCUAGUCGGAUCCUUAAAGAUACAUCACCAGGUGGAUUUUCACAGGGUCUUCCAGCUAUACAAGGGGCG